AAAAACUUCCUGCCGUUUGCGGCGGAUCCCGGGCUGCCUUUUGGGUAGGUUUGACGCUGCGUGGAUAGGGUUGUAGGCUAGACCGGUGUCCGCCACCGCGGAUGGCGAGGGAUCUGAUCGGGCCGGCGCUGCCGCCCGGCUUCAAGGCUCGCGGGACAGCAGAGGACGAGGAGCGAGACCCCAGCCCUGUUGCAGGACCAGCUUUACCCCCUAAUUAUAAAAGCAGUAGCUCAGAGUCAUCAGACAGUGAUGAGGACAGUAGUUCAUUGUACGAAGAAGGAAAUCAAGAAUCUGAAGAAGAUGACACUGGUCCAAGUGCAAGAAAACAGAGGAGAACUCAGGAUGAUGACGAUGAUGAUGAAGGGUUUUUUGGACCAGCUCUUCCUCCCGGAUUUAAAAAGCAGGAUGAUUCUCCUCCAAGGCCUAUAAUAGGUCCUGCAUUACCACCUGGUUUUAUUAAAUCUACUCAGAAAAGUGACAAAGGCCGAGAUGAUCCAGGACAACAAGUAUCAUCAUAUUUCAACUAUGAGGAAACAGAUAGCAGUGAAGAUGAGGACAUUGUUGGACCCAUGCCUGCAAAAGGACCAGUUAACUACAGCGUCACGACAGAGUUUGAAAAAAGGGCCCAGAGAAUGAAAGAAAAACUGACCAGAGGAGAUGAUAAUUCAUCCAAACCAAUUACAAGAGAGUCAUGGAUGACUGAGCUUCCUCCAGAAAUGAAAGACUUUGGUCUCGGGCCCAGAACUUUUAAGAGACGAGCCGAUGAGAAAUCUGGGGAUCGAUCGGUCUGGACAGACACCCCAGCUGACAGGGAGAGGAGAGCUAAGGAAACACAAGAAGCAAGGAAGUCAUUCAAUAAGAAGGAUGAAGAACAUAUAUUGUCAGGAAGGGAAAAGAGAUUGGCUGAGCAGGUGUCCUCAUACAAUGAAUCAAAAAGAUCAGAAUCUCUUAUGGACAUUCAUCAUAAGAAAUUAAAGACUAAGGCUGCUGAAGAGAAAAAUAAGCCCCAAGAACGAAUACCAUUUGAUCGUGAUAAGGAUCUCAAAGUUAAUCAGUUUGAUGAAGCUCAGAAAAAAGCCCUGAUAAAGAAAUCUAGAGAACUAAACACCAGAUUUUCACAUGGCAAAGGCAGUAUGUUUUUAUAAGGGGAUUUCCCUGUGCAAUGAAGAAAAGUUGAAGAAUACUCUAUUAUCUGUCUGUCCACCUUCAUUCCUUUGUUUUGAGUUUAAGAUUGGAGAUUAUUUUAGUCUUAAAAACCAUACAAACUUACCUUGUGCUGUCCUUUACCUUGUCCUUUAAAGUCACGCGGAAACCUAAAGUCAGUAUUUCUUACGUGGAAUAGAAUUUCAUGUGCUUUUGGCUUCUGAUGAAGUGUGGGCUUUUCUUCAAGUAAUUACUUUGAAGAUUUCCCCCCAUCUCCUAAUUUGUGUGACGUCUCUUAAGUACCCUCUAAGGUCUGGUCAGGACUAUCCGCUAAAUCUCCACGAGAGCUUAGACUUCCUCGUGAGAUACUAUUAACCUGCCCUGGAGUAAGUGUGUCGGGUCCUUGCAGUAAGUCCAUGAAUUGGAAGUUAUUUGGGUUUUCCCUCUAAACUUCAGCCAGUGAAUGCACAUUUACAAAUAGAGGGUUUGGAGGUUUUGUCCUGUUAACAUUUUGCUUGUUUGGGCAAACGGGGCUUUUUUGUCUGUUGUUUGGGUUUUUGUUUUUUCGUUGGUUGGUUGGUUGGUUGGUUUUUAAGUCAGAAAGAGGGACCUCUGCAUUGUCUCAUGUGCUAAGGAAAAACUAUUUCGAUUUUUCCAACUUUAGUAAGUAUUUCUAGGGGAGGCAAUCUGAGGGACAAAAUAUGCCGUUAACCAUUAACAGUGUGAAGCCUAGGACUUGGUCUCUAUGGUCUCAAUCAAAGCUUUCUAAGUCUUUGAACUUUGCUUUGAGAUGAUCUAACUUAACCCAUUUGUAUUUAACAGAUUUUAGCUAAUUUAUUAGGGACUGAUCUUUUAUAUCAAUCAUGAAUAUUUUUUUUUAAAAAUCAAAAUUAGCCCUGAAUACAAAAAUAUAAAUGGAAACUCUAAUCAUAACCACUCUAAUGAGAGUAUAUUAGUUUGUAAUGCUUUAGGUACUGUUUCUUAAAAUGUCAAAUAGAGUAUUCUAAAUAGUUAAAGCCUAAAUCCAAGUCCUCUAAAUUAUGUUUUCUUACAGAGUAAUUCUGAUUGUUCACUAGUUCUGUGUCCUAGUUUUCAUGAAGUAUGAGGAGUUUUGUUUUCUGUGGGGAAAAAGAACACAAACCAGAGACUAGGUGGGAAGUGUGGGGUUUUAAUGGAAAAAAUUCUGAUUCCUAGGGUUUUUUUAGGCGUUAUGAAAAUUGAGUGAACUGUUCAGAUUAUGGCACAAAUUAGUCUUCUUUACUCUCUUAUAAUACCAGUGUAAGAUAUUAUAGCCUACUCGAGGAGUGUUGCUAUUAAAUAGAUGAAUUAAGGGUGCCUGUGUGGCUCAAUCAGUUAAGCGUUGGGCUUUGGCUCAGGUCAUGAUCUCGCAGUUCAUGAGAUUGAGCCCCACAUUUGGGCUCUGUGCUGACGGUGCAGAGCCUGCUUGGGAUUCUCUCUCUCCCUCUCUCUUUGCUCCUUCCCUGGUCACACACGUGUGCUCUCGCUCUCUCUCAAAGAUAAAUAAACUUUAAAAAAAAAAAAAAAAAGAUGAAUUAUUCUCCUAAGGAAAUUGAAAAAGCUUCUAAGCAAAAUUGAACUGAAGAUGUCAUUUUUAGUGGGUAAUGCCUUCUGAACACAAAACUUUGUGUAAAAGCAUCCAUUGCUCUCAUUUAAUUUGGUUAUAUUUUUUUCCUUGGUGAAAUGAAGAAAUGUUUUCCAGUUCCUCAUCCUUAAAUUAAUCUCUAACAUUAUGACUUAGGGAAACUUGGUAUUUUUUAAAGUAAAAAUGUCAUCAUUGGUUACUCAUUUUUCCUUGCUUUAUUCAUCUUUUUAAAGGGAUAGGAUGUUUCUGUAUCGCAUAUUUACUAUGUUUUUCUCUCACCCUUGAAGUGUCUUUGUCCUUAGCAAAAGGAAGAAAAACCUUUUCUUUCUGCAUAAUGCCUUCUAUAAGUUGCCAGCUUACUGCUGCUUUAGAUGUAAUGCUCGUUCAUGCCACCUGAGGACAAUUUUACUAAAAUAUAAGGCCAGA